AUGGUAUCAGAGGAUAAGAUUGAGCAAUGGAAAGCCACAAAAGUCAUUGGUAUAAUUGGUCUGGGUGAUAUGGGCCUAUUAUACGCUAAUAAAUUUACAGAUGCUGGAUGGGGUGUUAUAUGUUGUGAUAGGGAAGAAUAUUAUGAUGAACUGAAAGAAAAAUAUGCCUCAGCUAAAUUCGAACUGGUGAAAAAUGGUCAUUUGGUAUCCAGGCAAAGCGACUAUAUUAUCUAUAGUGUUGAAGCAUCCAAUAUUAGUAAGAUCGUCGCAACGUAUGGACCAUCUUCUAAGGUUGGAACAAUUGUUGGGGGUCAAACGAGUUGUAAGCUGCCGGAAAUCGAGGCUUUCGAAAAGUAUUUACCCAAGGACUGCGACAUCAUUACCGUGCAUUCCCUUCAUGGGCCUAAAGUUAAUACUGAAGGCCAACCACUAGUUAUUAUCAAUCACAGAUCACAGUACCCAGAAUCUUUUGAGUUCGUUAAUUCUGUUAUGGCAUGUUUGAAAAGUAAGCAAGUUUAUUUGACAUAUGAAGAGCAUGACAAGAUUACCGCUGAUACACAAGCUGUGACACAUGCUGCUUUCUUAAGUAUGGGAUCUGCGUGGGCAAAGAUAAAGAUUUAUCCUUGGACUCUGGGUGUAAACAAAUGGUACGGUGGCCUAGAAAAUGUGAAAGUUAAUAUAUCACUAAGAAUCUAUUCGAACAAGUGGCAUGUUUACGCAGGAUUAGCCAUAACAAACCCAAGUGCACAUCAGCAAAUUCUUCAAUAUGCAACCAGUGCAACAGAACUAUUUAGUUUAAUGAUAGAUAACAAAGAACAAGAACUUACUGAUAGACUAUUAAAAGCUAAGCAAUUUGUAUUUGGAAAGCAUACUGGUCUCUUACUAUUGGAUGACACGAUUUUAGAGAAAUAUUCGCUAUCAAAAAGCAGCAUUGGUAACAGCAACAAUUGCAAGCCAGUGCCGAAUUCACAUUUAUCAUUGUUGGCGAUUGUUGAUUCGUGGUUUCAACUUGGUAUUGAUCCAUAUGAUCAUAUGAUUUGUUCGACGCCAUUAUUCAGAAUAUUCCUGGGUGUGUCCGAAUAUCUUUUUUUAAAACCUGGCUUAUUAGAACAGACAAUUGAUGCAGCUAUCCAUGAUAAAUCAUUCAUAAAAGAUGAUUUAGAAUUUGUUAUUUCGGCUAGAGAAUGGAGCUCGGUUGUUUCUUUUGCCAAUUUUGAUAUAUACAAAAAGCAAUUUCAGAGUGUUCAAAAGUUCUUUGAGCCAAUGCUUCCAGAGGCUAAUCUCAUUGGCAACGAGAUGAUAAAAACCAUUCUGAGUCAUUCUAGUGACCGUUCGGCCGCUGAAAAAAGAAAUACAUAA